AUGUCGCGCUCUUGGUUGGUUUGCCUUUUGGCCUUUUUGGCUUGCCUGUUGGCCUUGACGCAGGGUCUUCCCCUCCAGGAGAAUCCCCAUCAGGAGGACGAGAAGAGCGGUGGCCGCAUAGUGGGUGGCUAUGCCACGGACAUUGCCCAGGUGCCCUACCAGAUUUCGCUGCGUUACAAGGGCAUCACCACGCCUCAGAAUGCCUACCGCCAUCGUUGCGGUGGUUCCAUCAUUGCCGCGGACAAAAUCCUAACAGCGGCGCACUGCAUCAUUGGCACGGUGCCCAGUCAGUAUAAGGUGGUGGCUGGUACAAACUAUCAAACUGGUUCGGAUGGCGUCAUCACCAAUGUCAAGGACAUCAUAAUGCACGAGGAGUACUUCUCGGAGUUCGCCUACAACAACGAUAUUGCCAUUCUCGUGGUGGAUCCGCCAUUGCCCCUUAACAACUUCACCAUCCAGACCAUUAAGAUGGCCACGGAACAGCCACUUGAAGGGGCUGUGAGCAAGAUUAGCGGCUGGGGAACCACUUCACCAGGUGGAACAUCCUCGAACCAACUGCUCGCCGUCGAUGUGCCCAUUGUGAGCAAUGAUGUGUGUGACAAGGAUUACGAAAACUUCGGCGAUGAGACCUACCGCAUCACUGCGUCCAUGUUGUGUGCCGGCAAACGGGGAGUGGGUGGUGCGGAUGCCUGCCAGGGUGACUCCGGAGGACCCCUGGUGGUGCGCGAUGUGCUCCAAGGCGUCGUCUCCUGGGGCAACAGUUGUGCCCUGGCCACCCAUCCCGGCGUCUAUGCCAAUGUGGCCUACCUCAGGUCCUGGAUCGAUGCCAAGCUAGCACAGCUCUAA